CUAUAAUGUCAAUUUCAGUGAUUAUGUCAGUUUACUGAACAAUCCUAACAUUUUUCUUUACUAGUAAUUGAAGAGUUUUAACCAUGACGGACCCGGACGGUCCUAAAGACAAAUUUUACAUUGUCUAUUUUAUAUGUUUAUUACACGGUGUUGGGACGUUAACUGCUUGGAACAUGUUCAUCAACGCCCGAGAUUACUUUAAAGAGUAUAAACUAUCGGACGAUUACAUCGGAUACCAUUACCCACACGGAGACCAUUUCAUGCAAUACUUGUCCUUCUUUUCGAUGUUCCCCGCACUGGCUUUCAUGUGGAUCAACAUUUUUGUUCGACUGAAAAGCGCCAUUGUAUGGAGGAUCAUCUUGGGCAUCGGAGUUUUGAUCGCUAUUAUGACUUUCACGCUCGUGAUGGCUAUUUUCAAUACUAGUCAUUGUCCCAAUUUCUUCUUCAUUGUAACGAUGAUCUCUGUAUUCCUCAUAAAUUCCGCCAGCUCCGUUUACCAGAGCACCCUUUUCGGUAUAGUGGGAAAACUACCGCAAAAAUACAUGACCGCAAUCGUGAUAGGAAACAACGUUUGCGGCACAUUCACCAGCAUUAUUAGCAUAUUAACGAAAGUCGCCUCGACUAAUUAUAAAACGGCAGCCAUUUACUAUUUUAUGAUAGCUAUCAUCAUAUUGAGCGGUUGUUUUGCUUCAUUCUUCAUUGUAGUAAAUAACGAAUUUUAUAAAUACUACGACCAAAAAGAAAAUGCCGGUGUAAUGAAAGGUGAAGAAUUACCACCUUACUGGACCAUUUUCAAGACAGCUUUCCCCCAAUUGUUGAACAUCAUUAUGGUAUUUAUCGUCACACUUACAUUGUUCCCAUCUAUGCAAGCAGAAAUUGUCAAAAAGAGUCCGAGUUUCUUCGUCCCCGAUAAAUACUACGCCGAUAUAAUGUGCUUCUUGAAUUUCAACGUGUUCGCCAUGAUCGGUAGCUUUAUACCGGUCUUCUUCGUCUGGCCGGAACCGAAGUGGGUAUGGUUGCCGGUAUCAUUGAGAUUCUUGUACAUACCGCUCAUGCUGUUUUGCAAUUACCAAAUCCAACAAGCCGAAAGGGCCUUACCGGUAUUUUUCAAUGAUUACGUUUAUUUCGUGUUUGGCUCGACCAUGGCCUUGACCAGCGGGUAUUUCAGCUCCGUUGCGUCGAUGUACGCCCCGAAAACGGUAGAGGAGAAACAUUCGAUGGUUGCCGCCGCCAAUUCCGUUUAUCAGAGCACCCUUUUCGGUAUAGUAGGGAAACUACCGGAAAAAUACAUGACAGCAAUAGUCAUUGGAAACGAAUUUAGCGGCACAUUUACCAGCAUUGUUAGCAUAGUAUCGAAAGUGGCGUCCACUAAUUAUAGAAUUGCUGCCAUUUACUAUUUCCUGAUAUCUAUCAUUAUAUUGGGCGUUUGUUUUGCUUCGUUAUUCAUGAUAGUAAAUAACGAUUUCUAUAAAUAUUACGACGAAAAAGAAAACGCGGGUGAACACAAAGGCGAAGAAUUACCACCCUACUGGCAAAUUUUCAAGACGGCUUUCCCUCAAUUGUUGAAUAUCAUUUUAGUAUUCAUCGUUACACUGACAGUGUUCCCGUCUCUGGAAGCCGAAGUUUAUAAAAGCGAUCCAAAUUUCUUUAUACCCGAUGAAUAUUACGCCGAUAUAAUGUGCUUUUUGACUUUUAACAUAUUCGCCACGACUGGAAGCUUUCUGCCAGUCUUCUUCGUUUGGCCGAAACCGAAAUGGGUAUGGAUACCGGUAACACUGAGAUUCUUGUACAUACCGCUCUUGCUGUUUUGCAAUUACCAAAUCCAACAAGCUGAAAGAACCUUACCGGUAUUAUUCAACGAUUAUGUUUUCUUCAUCUUGGGUGCGACCAUGGCCUUGACCAAUGGGUAUUUUGCCACUAUAUCAUCGAUGUACGCGCCAAAGACGGUAGAGGAGAAACAUUCGAUGGUUGCUGGUAUGUUUUCAGGAGCAUCUUUCCUAACUGGAAUUAACAUUGGUGUAUGGAUUUCCUUCAUUUGGCCCACUGUGGCGACCAGUAACUUUAAAAUACCCAAAGUUCCAACUUCUGAAGACCUGUAAAACUUGUACAAUCUCCUACAUUGAUUGUUUUGUCGAAAUUUAUGUAGAACACUUCUUGGAAGGUUUUUUUUCUGAUGUAAUAAAUUCAUUAUAUGAUCG